AUGGGGUCUUCGCUUCGACGUGCAUCAGUGGAGGACCAGCUGACCGAGCUGCCCGACGAGAUUCUGCUGGGCCUGCUCGCGUGGCUCGGUCCGCGCGACCUGCUGGCCUGCGGCGCCACAAACCAGCGACUGCGCGGACUCGCCCUCGACAACUCCUUCUGGAGGAAGGCGUGUGAGGAUCUGGAUGGGUCCAGCAGUGCGGGUCCCGCUACGCAAGGCAACGAGGUCGUGUGGUGGCGCGAGUACUUUGAGAUCAAGCGCUCCAGUUUCUUGCAGCGUCACUACAGUGUGGGCUUGGGGCCGUCAAAAAAGGAACACCGUCUGCUCGCAGACACCCUGGAGGAGCUGGUGCUGGCCUCAGACCAUCACAUCGUCCUCGUUCCCCACUCCGACACACCCCCCACGCGUCAGGAGCAGUUGCGGCAGAUCCCGGUGGCUGAGGGGAUCAGGGACGUGGUGUACAGCGAGGGCGCCAUACUGUGCCUCACCGCACAGGACAAGCUGAACGUCUACGACCUGGCCUCGCUUGCCCUGCUCAAGGGGAUGCUGGCGGUCUAUGACCGGAGCCGCGGGUGGGACGCGCCGCCCAAGUGGACCAAGGUCAUGGGCAACAAGUACUCGGCCCCGCCCAGCCUCGCCCUCGAUCCUUCGUCCCACCACGUCGAUGGCGGGGUGUUGGUGGUGUUUUCGGCGAGUUGGCAGGUGUAUCGCCUGGCAGACGGGGUCGGGCUGGGUCCCGCGUUCAAGCUGCCCGCGCCGUCGGCGGCGGCGACGCCUUUGAAUCAUCCGAUGAUGGCCGGCCGUGGCAUGCUCGGCGGCGAGUCGGCCUCCCACUUCAUGCGGCCCAGGCGCACCACCGCCUUCUUCACGCCCGACCACAUCAUCUGCGCUCUUUCCGGCACCAUCCGCGUGAUCUGGAAGGCGAGCCUGUGCGAGGGAACGGCGCCGCAGUUCGUGGACAAGUUGGCUUCUUCGGAAUGGCAAAGCUCGGCCGCUCUUCUGGUCACCCUGGCCGGCAACGAGAUCCUGUGUUGGCAGUUGCCCGCCAAGUGGCAAGAAGAGCUGGAGCUGCUUCACGGCCGGCCGCUGACCCAUCCCAACCCGGAGGUGGUGUCUUACAUUAGCGGCCUCUGCUGCGACAGUCACCGAGUGCUGCUCUCGUACGUCGUGCCGGAGGCGAUCGACACCUCCUCGUGGAAUUGCCGCAGGCUGGCAAAGUACGAGGUGGCGGUGUUCUCGCUGGGCCGGUGGAGCCUGCACAGCCGCCUGCCGCUCAGGGAGGAGGGCCAGGGCCGACCCCAUUUGGAGGACCAGGUGGUGGACAUGAUGUCGCUCCCGCGCGGCCGUGCGGCGCUCCUGACCAAGUCGGUCAUGUGGGGCCGCAAGGACCUGUCCACUCUGCAGCACACCGUCACUUUCCUGGACCCACGCGCCCCGACUGCACAAGCGGCGAAGAAGACUCGGUGGUGA